UGACUGUAUGUGGCGUUUGAUGCGAUGUUGUCGUCAUAACUGAGUAAUGAGUCAAUGAAUUGAGUAUUGAUUUCAUUGUUGAUUACGAUUUGAUGCGAGAUUUCAAUGACUAUUCAAAUGACCGACAAUUGCGUGAAAUCGUCCAAAAUGAGCCGUCAUUUCAAUACAAUGAAGAAUCACUCGUCGCUGGACUAUAGGCUCCGGAAGUCGUUAUACUACGGGAGCAUAAAGUGUGGAUCACAUGAGACCAUAGACUACCCGUCGAUGCCGUUGACGGAAGUGACG